CAAAUAUCUCUUCGCCAUUUUUUCCAGUUAUUCAUUGCAUCUCCCAACGAACAUUGAAGCGAAGGAAUCUAGAGGGAGCGAGAGGAGAGAAUCAUGAGAGAGAUCUUGCACAUUCAGGGAGGCCAAUGCGGCAACCAAAUUGGCUCCAAGUUCUGGGAAGUUAUCUGCGACGAGCACGGCGUUGAUCCUACCGGCCGCUACAAGGGCGGCGACGGCGGCAACGCCGCCGUUAAUGACCUCCAACUCGAGCGCAUCAACGUCUAUUUCAAUGAGGCUUCCGGCGGCCGGUAUGUCCCCCGUGCGGUGCUUAUGGAUCUCGAGCCUGGUACCAUGGACAGCAUCAGAUCAGGGCCUUAUGGCCAGAUCUUCAGGCCUGAUAACUUCGUCUUCGGACAGUCCGGUGCCGGGAAUAACUGGGCCAAAGGUCAUUACACCGAAGGCGCUGAGUUGAUCGAUGCCGUUCUCGAUGUUGUUCGCAAGGAGGCUGAGAAUUGUGAUUGCUUGCAAGGAUUCCAGGUUUGUCACUCACUUGGAGGUGGUACUGGGUCUGGCAUGGGAACUCUCUUGAUCUCAAAGAUACGGGAGGAGUAUCCAGAUAGAAUGAUGCUCACAUUCUCUGUUUUCCCCUCACCCAAGGUCUCUGACACUGUUGUAGAGCCAUAUAAUGCCACACUUUCAGUUCAUCAACUGGUGGAGAAUGCUGAUGAAUGCAUGGUCCUUGAUAAUGAAGCUCUCUAUGAUAUUUGUUUCAGGACUCUUAAGCUUAGCACUCCAAGUUUUGGUGACCUCAACCAUUUGAUAUCUGCAACCAUGAGUGGAGUUACCUGUUGCUUGAGGUUCCCUGGGCAGCUGAAUUCAGAUCUCCGGAAACUGGCUGUGAAUUUGAUUCCAUUCCCACGUCUUCAUUUCUUCAUGGUGGGAUUUGCACCACUCACCUCCCGUGGGUCACAGCAAUACAUCUCUCUCACAGUCCCGGAACUUACUCAGCAAAUGUGGGAUGCCAAGAACAUGAUGUGUGCAGCUGAUCCUCGCCAUGGACGCUACCUAACAGUCUCCGCCAUGUUCAGAGGUAAAAUGAGCACAAAAGAAGUAGAUGAACAGAUGAUCAAUGUGCAGAACAAGAACUCAUCCUAUUUCGUGGAGUGGAUCCCUAACAACGUGAAGUCAAGCGUGUGUGAUAUUCCACCAACCGGCCUCAAGAUGGCAUCAACAUUCGUUGGAAAUUCAACAUCAAUUCAAGAGAUGUUUAGGCGAGUAAGCGAGCAGUUUACAGCCAUGUUUAGGCGCAAGGCCUUCUUGCAUUGGUACACAGGUGAAGGGAUGGAUGAGAUGGAGUUCACUGAAGCUGAGAGCAAUAUGAAUGAUUUAGUGGCAGAGUACCAGCAAUACCAAGAAGCCACUGCAGACGACGAUGAAGAAUAUGAAGGAGAGGUCGGUGAUCAGGAUUUUGAGUGAUGGCUAAGUAACGCAAACUCAGACCUAUUAUGUUCUUUUUAUCAUCUUAUGCAAAGUGAAUGCUGCUGCUGUUUCUUCCUUGUUAAAAUUCAUUUUCAUUAUCCUGAACUCGCAUGCACAUUUGUUUGUUAAAUAUUUGAGCGUUCGAAUAAGAGUGUAUUUGUACUAGUUUAUUUUUA